GCGCCAUGGCCGCGGAGAUGGGGCGGCCGGCCGCGGCGCCCCGGGAGCCGAACGCCCUCCUUCCAGGUCCCGCCGCGGCCGCACUCGCUGCCUCAGCUCCCACCCCCACGCGGCUUCGCAGCCCAGGAGCCGCGUGUCGAGGGGAGCGGGGUCCGGAAGCCUCGAGGGGAGCGCGCGGGAGGCCUCGGCCCCUCUGCGGCGCCCCUCGCCGCGCCCCAGGGGCCGCGGGGCCGGUGCUCCCCGCGGGAGGCGCGGAGACUAGUGGCCGCGGGCGCCGCUCUCCGCCCCCGCCGGCCUCUCCCGACAGAGGCGAGGCCGGUCGCGCCCGCCCGUCCUCACUGGGCUUUUGUUUCCCGCCCGGGAUGACAGGUCCCGCUCCGCCUCCGGUCUCUGGCCCCCGGCUCUUCCCGGACAGGCAGCCGGACCCUCAGCCGGCACCGCUGCGGGCGGGAGCCAAACUUCGCUUUCGGGUCCGGGCGCCGGGACGCCGCGGGCGCGGGGCGGAUUCGCCCACCUGGCGGGGCUGUGAAGGGGAUGGUGGCGGGGUGGCCGCGCUCCGGGUGUGGACGGGCGGUCCCCGCCUUCACCUGCCGCCUCGGGACAAGCGUUGGGGAACUGCAUCGCCGCUGUCGGCCGCUUGUGGAGGAGUCCGCGCAGCGCCGUCUAACAGAAAUCAUCAGGAGACUUAGGACCAAACUCUUUGGCCCUAGUGAAUCACCUCAAGUUACUCCACCACUGUGGCACAGGUAGAAAUUUGACUUUCUAUAAAAAACCUAGACAAAUAAUAGGGGCUCAUUCCUACUGUCUUCACCUUUAUCAAAAUGUAAGUUCCAUGGAGACAGAAAUUGUUUUCUGUUGUUUAAUGCUGUAUCUCCACUACAACAGUGCCCAGCAUAUAGUAGGUAUUCAGUAGACAGUUGUUGAAUAAAUAAGUGAAUGGCUCCUACUUAUCCUUCAGCUUUCAAUUAAUUUAUUAUUAUUUUAAAUUUCUGUUUCUUUUUAGAGAUGGGGUCUCACUAUGUUGGCCAGGCUGGUCUUGAACUCCUGGCCUCAACUGAUCUGCCCACGUCGGCCUCCCAAAGUGCUGGGAUUACAGUUGUGAGCCACCGAGCCAGGCCCACAACUACUUUUUUUUAAGAGUCAGGGUUUCACUAUGUUGCUCAGGCUAGACUUCAAUUCCUGGGCUCAAGCGACCCUCCCACCUCAACCUCCAAAGUUGCUGGAGGUACAGACACUUGGCACUGGACCCAGCUGCUGCCAUAACUUUAACAGUGAUGCCUAUCAGAUGUACCUUUGAGCUAAGGGGUCUCUUGUCUUGGUACAGAGCUGGAUACAGCUUAUGAGAGAUAAGAGGCAAUGCAUAAAAUUAGCUGGGCGUGGUGGCACAUGCCUGUAAUCCCAGCUACUCAGGAGGCUGAGGCAGGAGAAUCGCUUGAACCCGGGAGGUGGAGGUUGCAGUGAUCUGAGAUUGUGCCAUUGCACUCCAGCCUGGGCGACAAGAGCAAGACUCCAUCUCAAAAAAAAAAAAAAAAAAAAGAAAAGAAAAAAAGGCAAUGCAUAAAGUCAAGAAAGAAAGUGCCAGAGAAGGAUUCAGGUUGCUUCAGGGGGUAAAACAGCAGUAAAUAGUUUUAUUUGAACAAUGGUAUGGUAUGGUAUUAAUGAGGGGAAUAGUACAGUAACUUCAGACACUUUCUAAGUGCUGUAGAUCUUUUAAAAUCCAUCAUAGUCGUCUUGCUGACUUCUUUAGUGAUGGUUUGAGUUUUAAUUAUUCAAUUAUGCUGCCAAAAGUACUGCAGGUUGUCAAGUAUCAUUUAUCCAAAAUGCUUGGGACAAGAAGUGUUUUGGAUCUUGGAUUUUUUCAGAUUUUGGAAUAUUUGCAAAUUUCUCUAAGGGAAAAAAGAUAUUUUGGCAUGUAAUGCAUAAUAUUUGCAUAAUUAUAAUCCAGUGUUCUAAAAUUGUUGUACCCACCAAAAUCUACAAACAAUAAGGAACUGUGGUUGUUUGCUGCAAAUAACUAUAAUAAACCACACUUUGUAUCACAUGUAUUAGCCCAUUGUGACAUUGUCAAUUGACCAUAUGCACAUACAUGUAUACAUGAGAUAUAGUAUCUUGGGGAUGGAACCCAGGUGUAAACAUGAAAUUUAUUUAUGUUCAUAUGUACUUAUACACACAGCCUGAAGGUAAUAUCAUACAAUAUUUUUAUUUUUUAUUUUAUUUUUUAAUUUUUUUAAAGUCAAUAAAUUUUUAUUCAUGGAAUUCCAUGUUGUGAUUUCUUCCACUAUCCAUCAGGGCCACUUUAGAUCCGCUAAAGAGCUGGAGUCAAAAGAUUUAUCUUCAAGUUAGCCAUUUUUAAUGAAACUAUUGCUUAUUUUAAUCCAGUUUUCCUGUCGGCCCAUAAUUCUUUUACUUUGGCUUCUGUCAUCUCCUUUUAAUAUGGAUAUACUGGUGAAGAUUUCAAAAUUCACCAAGGAUCUUUGGGAUCUAAUUUCUUCAACCAAUUUACUUUAGGGUCCUUUUUACUGUAGGUGGUGGAUCUGCCUGGUUCUCAAUUUGACACCCUCUCUUAACAUGAAUGAAUUCAAAUCAUAUUCAUUCCUAAGCGAUGACACUCAAGAAUAGUACAGAUGUGUGGAAUAUGCCAGUACCUUUAACUCCAGAUAUCAUGUUCUCAAGAUAACUAUUAAAACAAAAAGCCAUCAUAUGUAUCGUCAACAUGAAAUUGGAAUGCAAAAUUAAUACUGCUGAGGACUUCCCUCAUAUCCCAUGCUGUUUAACUGUCUAUUCUACAGUCCUAUAAUUAGUCUUUUUUUUGUUAAGAGACAGGGUCUUUGUUACCCAGGCUGGAGUACAGUGGUGCCAUCAAAGCUCAGUGCAGCCUCCAACUCCUGAGCUCAAUCCUUUUGCCUCAGCCUCCCCUUCCUGAGUAGCUGCAGCUACAGGCACAUGCCCCAAUACCCAGCUAAUUUUUAAAUUUUUGUGAAGAUGAGGUGUUUGUUACUUUCUUUCCCAGGCUGGUCUUGAACUCCUGGUUUCAAGCAAUAACUCCCGCCUCGGUGUGGGGAUUGCAGGCUUGAGCCACUGUGCCUGGCCUGGAACCAACCUUUAUGGCUAUCAAUACUCCCAUCAGUUAACUGUCUCAGGUAUCAUAAUAUCCCUUCUUAUAUGUAUCAAAACUCAUACUGAACAAUGAGUUCUGGGUUGCAAAAGAGGAUUUAUUUUUUGCACCUAACCAUAAGUCUUUGUCCACAAGUUAAACAAAAACAGUGCAGUAUACAAUAUUUUUAAUAAUUUUGUGCAUUAAAUAAAAUUUGUAUACUUGAACCAUUAGAAAACAGAAGUAUUAGGUGUGGAGUUUUUCACUUGUGGCAUCAUGUUAGAAUUCAAAAAGUUUCAGAGUUUGGAGCAUCUUGGAUUUUGGAUUUUUCCAAUUAGGAAUGCUCAACCUAAUCAGAAGUGAGACUUGGACAUUAAAAGUUUGAAAGCCAUGGUUUUAUUUGCUUAGUAGUAUAUAAUUGCAACAGUACUUUUUAUCUUAAUUAUUGUGUAGAAUCUGAUGACUCCCCAACAUGUAACUGUCACCCACACUUCUCUCCUGAGCUCAGGCCUUAUCUCUGAUAACCUUCUGGACAUCACACAAGCACCCCUUGCUCAACAUACCCCAGCCAGAGUUCUCUUGUUCUCCAUAAAAAGCACUCUAAAAUGUUCGAAUUAAAUUGAAGAGAAAGAAUAAAAAGUCCUGAUGAGUGGAACCAUGAAAUG